AUCGGGGUUAUCAUCCUCUGGCACAGGGGUGUAUUCACUGCCUUCGUCUAUUGGGUAAUAAUAGCUCGGUUUUGGUAGUCUACUCGUCGACGCCAUCGCUGGCUCAGUAACGUUUCCUUUCAAAGACGCUCAAAGAUGCUCACAGGAUUUAAGAACCGACUGAGAUAAAUUUAAAAUAAAAUAUUAUGAAUUAUCCUUUAGUUAUCAUUAUCGGUAUUAUGUCUAUCAAUUCGCCGUCAUAGUAGACACUCGGUCAAAUAGUGUGUCACCGCACCGGAUCAUAUGGAAUGAUAUUUAAGCCAGUGAUAGUGUCCGUUUAACAGUACCAUCAUCAUGUCUACACAAGGUUACUCAUUUGCGAAACUAUCCAUCAAAUCAGAUUUCAAUGACGAGCUGAAACAUACAGCACACGCUUUAGUUCAGCAAGGUAAAGGUAUCUAUGCAACCGACGAAACUACAGAGGCAAUAUCAGCCAGACUAGCUGCAGCUGAGGGCGUAGAGAAGAACUACAGUGACGACGAACAGAAGCAGAGACGCUAUGAAUGGCGUAAAUGCUUAUAUGAGACUCUACCAACAGACUACAUUUCAGGAUGCAUCCUAUACCAGGAAACCUUGGUAGAUUUCAACCUAGCUGGCGUUUUGGCUGACAGAGGUAUCAUUCCUGGCGUGAGAAUCGAUACCGACGGACAACCACUUCCAGGCGCAGGCGAUGGUGAAGUAUUCACUCAGGGUUUGGAUGACCUAACUAGCCGUUGUCGACUAUUCAAAGAAAAAGGAGCGAGAUUCACUAAAUGGAGAGCACCAAUACUAGUCAACUCAUCUACUCUCCCUACUGAGCUUGCUAUCGAUGCUCAAGCUACUUCACUCGCCAGAAUGGCUGCUGUCAGUCAAUCUACUGGUUUAGUCCCUAUCGUUGAGCCAGAUCUUGAUUUCUCAGGGGACGCGUCCCUCGAACGCUCACUAGAGGUUCAUACAAAGGUCAUAGCUAAGAUAUAUGAAAAGCUUGCAGCCCAUGGUGUUUAUUUGGAAGGCACGCUUCUCAAGCCUUCAUUUGUGCAACCAGGCGCAAGUACCAACGAGCGCAAGAACCUUACAGCUGAUGCUGUUGGCGAGGCAACCGCUCUAGCAUUAUCGAGAGCAGUUCCCUCCGCAAUGCCAGGUGUUGUCUUCCUUUCUGGUGGACUCUCUGAUACGGAUAGCAUAGCCUUCCUCAGCGCUGCCAACAAAUAUGCCAAGAAGGAGGGUAUCAGACUCCCACCGCUCACAUUUAGUUUCGGUAGAGGUUUGCAAGGUGACGCUAUGGAGAAAUGGACCAAAAAGGACUUUAAAGGUGCUCGUCAAGCUUUCGAAAAGCGUGCCCAGGAAUGCUCAAAGGCCUCUCUUGGUCAGAUUUAACAAUUUUGAAAGCUUUAAAUGCAUAAUAUUU